UUUUUUUCAACUUUUUUCGUUAUGUAUGGUUGUUAUGCAAUUUGAUGGGGAGAUGUUGUAAUCAUUAACUUGUGAGGUUUUUAUGCCAUUGAAUAGAAUCGUGGCCACCGGGGGCUUCGUGUGUGGAAGUAUUGGCUGCACUUCAAUAAAUCACUAAUAGUUUUAUAGUAGAUGGCAAUGUUUGAUGGCUUAUGCAAUCAAAUUGUUGCACCUCGUUUUCUGAUUUCUUGGGAUCCCCAACUGUUUGAUAAAAUGUCCAUUACAAAAUGCUUCACUUAAAUUGCGAAUAUUUAUCCUUAGUCCUUUCCGUGUUUUCUACUGCAUCCGUAUUUGUACUUAGUCCUUUCCGUGUUUUCUACUGCACACGUAUUCCAUAAUUAUCUCUAUGUAGUUUCAAAAUUGAUUAAAACUAAAAAUAUUUGAUGGGAUAGGCAUCCAAAAGCUGAAAAAUGUUGGUGAAUCAUGUGAGAAUGGAAGUGUUAAUUCUGGGUAAAUCAGCCAUUUGUCGGACGAUUUGAACCUGUUAUGCAGUUGAUGGAAGUGUAUAGUUGAAAUUUUGGAGUCACGUCUGGGUUAAUGUGCUUUGUCUUUGACUAUAUUUGUUCAGACUGACUGAAUCUUCAAGCUUUUGAGAAUAAAUUUGUCAAGAAACUCAGCACUUCAUCAAUUUACUCUUGAUUUUUCUUGGUUGCAUCAACAUACAAGAUUCCAGCUUCUUUUCUAUACUAUAUCCGGCAUCCCAAGAGUUUUGUGGUGGAUUCACAUUGCAGGAUAGCACAAUGCUCAGCAAUCUUGUUGUUUGCCUUUUGACAUGUAGAGAUAUCUCGACCCAAUGCAUGUUUAGUAUCAAGCUGAUUAACUAAAAAUAUUUGGGUGUAUCGUUUUUAAAAAAAUUAGAUUUGUGUAGAUUCAAAUUGGGAAAAUUAAAUGUCCAUGUGAUUUCUCUGACUUGUCCUAAAAUACUGAACUGUAGGUAACAUCUCUGGUCUUCAGAUUAAUAUUUUUGGGAUAUUCAGACAAGGAGUCUUGUUCAUAUACUUUGUUACAUUCCGAUGAUGUAGCAGGAAAUCCUUUCUGAGACACCUUGCUCUUUAGGAAAUGUGUGCAUACGUCUAAUCUUUGGCCAAUGGAAACUCUUGAUGUUUUCAAUGGGACAAGCACAGAGUGCUGCUACUGUAGAAGAUCAAAGCAAUCCAAAAACACAGUCAGCGUCUGCUGGAACUGACAAUGCAGCUCAGCCGUCACUUGAUUCAUUGAUUGCUGAAGCUGCAGCAUAUGGUGCCGAGGAUGAGAAUCAAUCUCUCGAAGUGAAGGCUCAGAAAGCACUGGAAUGCCCUUGCAUUGCUCACCUGCGAAGUGGCCCAUGCGGAACCCAGUUCUCUGAUGCCUUUGUCUGUUUUCUCAAGAGCACAGCUGAAGAAAAGGGAGCAGACUGUGUGCAUCCAUUUGUGUCUCUACAGAAUUGUAUCAAAGCAAAUCCUGAUGCAUUUUCGAAGGACAUUUUAGAAGAUGAUGAAGUUGAGAAAGAUGAAAAGCCAAGCAAGGAGUACUCAAUUAGGCCUCCUAUUUGGUCUGCCGAAUCAAAAAAUCCAAACCGCUAGCUUUUGGGGAGGUCAAAUUAUCUUUCUUUGAUCCAAGGUUCCUUCAUCUUUAUUUCCUUACUGAAAAAUUAAUCUGUUAUUGUAAGCACCCUUUUCCCUGGAAAGCUUCAUCUUUAUUUCAAAUAGAAAUAGCUUUUCAGUCCGAAGACAGAUUCUGGCUGCUUUUAGUUUUUCAUUUCACGCGUUGAAAUAAUUUUUACUGUUCAAUUGGGGAUGUGUUUUUAAUGUAUGGAUUCCAUAUUUCUUUA